AUGACUUCCAUAGACGCUGUGACACGGAAGAUCGCUGCUCUCGAGCUUUCCAGCAAGCAGAAUACCACGGGCGCCGGCAACCCAUCACUCGCCUCUAAACCUCCACUACGUCCGGGCCACCAGAAGGCUGCCAGCCAAACCAAGGUUGCGGCGCUUCUCACCAAACUUGCUGCACCUGCACCCUUUCCCGAAUCCAAAUCUACUGGUGCUCUCGGCGCACAUACGAAGGGCGCAGCCUCUACUUCAUCACUUGCGUCUACUACGAAGGCACCCAAAUCCACCACCAAGGCUGCCGCACCACAAGACUUCGACAUCGGACACUACGACAAUGGCUUUGAGCGGGACAACGAAAAGCGAGGUUCCGUAGUAUCUGGAGAGGCUGCGAAGCUCCUCGCGCUUGAUUCGAGUGUUUCUGGCACGCGGCCAACACGUGAAUGGCGUCUCAAGGACUUCGAGAUUGGCCGUCCCCUCGGCAAGGGCAAAUUCGGACGAGUGUACAUGGUCCGCACCAAGGUCGAGCCACGCUUUAUCCUGGCGCUGAAAUGCCAGUACAAAUCGGAGAUCGUGGAGAACAAGGUCGAGAAGCAGAUUCGCCGGGAGAUCGAGAUUCAGCAGAACUUGCGGCAUCCGAACGUUCUGCGGCUGUAUGGCUUCUUCCACGAUGAGAAGCGGAUAUUCUUGAUGCUAGAGUUCGCGGCGCAGGGUGAGCUGUAUAAGCAGCUCACCAAGCCUCCGUUUCAUUUCUCUGAGAGCCGUUCAAGCCGGUACAUCGACCAAAUGGCGGACGCGCUCAGUUACCUCCACUCCAAGCAUGUCAUCCACCGCGAUAUCAAGCCUGAGAACGUACUGAUCGGUAUGAACGGCGAGCUGAAGAUCGGAGACUUCGGAUGGUCUGUACAUGCACCUGGCCUCCGCCGGAAGACCCUGUGCGGGACUCUGGAUUAUCUCCCGCCGGAAAUGGUUGAACGCAAGGAUCACAAUGAGAAGGUCGACCAUUGGGCGCUCGGAGUACUUGCGUAUGAGUUCCUGGUUGGCAAGCCGCCGUUUGAGGACCUGGAGGGCGGGCAGUUCGGCACAUACAAGAAGAUCGCCCGCGUACGAUUCAAUUUCCCUGCCGACCGUGCCUCACCUGAGGCCCGUGAUCUGAUCACGAAGCUUCUGCGUUACAACCCGGAAGAUCGCCUACCAUUCGAGGAGGUGCUCGUUCACCCUUGGAUCGUGAAACACCGCAAACCGAAAGCACGUCCUACAGCUGAGAAGGCUGCUACCACCUCUACUUAA